AAUUAUUUAGUCCUAUGGUAGACUUCAGUUAAAUAAUAUUAGACUUAGAUUGAUAUUGCCAAAAUAACAUACGUGUAAAAUGGAGGAUUUUAAACCUUUUGAAGGGCGUAAGCCAGAUGACCCGGAGAGAAAAAAUAAAGAAGAUUUUUACGAUAAGCUGUUGCCAAAAGAAUCAAAAUUGUGGGCUCCGAUCCGGAGAUGGGAAAAGAGGAUGGGGUAUCUCACACCGAUAAUAUGGUUUAAUGUGGGUUUUAUAUUCUCCCUGCAUGCUAUAACGAUCGCAUAUGUGUACUAUUUCUUUGCCAGUGGAAAUCGCAUAAAGUUGCAGACAUGGCUGAUUGGCUUUGCAUACUACACAUUAUCAGGGUUUGGCCUGACGGCGGGGAUACAUCGCUGCUGGUCUCAUCGGGCAUUCAAAGCGAAACUUCCUGUGAAAAUACUUAUGUUAAUAGGAUAUGCUGCUUGCGGGCAGAUACCUAUUUACAAUUGGGUGCGUGAUCAUCGAAUUCAUCACAAGAUGACGGAAACAACCUCCGACCCCCACGACGCCACGCGCGGGUUCUUCUUCAGCCACGUGGGCUGGCUGCUGAUGAAGAAGCAUCCCCAUGUUUUAGCAGCAGGAGCUAAACUGGAUAUGAGUGAUAUAACUAGUGAUCCGUGGCUGGUGUAUUUUGACAAGCACUUCACACUUAUCAAAACUAUAUGGUGCUACGUAGUACCGACACUUCUACCAAUGUGGUUCGCGGGAGAAACCUUCUCUGCAGCGAUUGUUGUGACCAUGAUCCGAUUUAUGUUAAUUCUUCACGGAACGUGGUCUGUGAAUAGCUUUGCCCAUUUGUAUGGUGCACGACCAUAUAACAAAAACAUCAAGGCAACGAACAACCACGGCGUCUCUUUGAUAACCCUGGGCGAAGGGGCCCAUAACUUCCACCACACCUUCCCUUGGGACUAUAAAUCCACUGAGAAUACUUUAUUUAGCUUCACUACAAUAAUAUUGAACGUGUUUGCGUGGUUAGGUCUAGUUUAUGAUGCGAAAGUGGCAUCUGCAUCCCUCAUUAAAAAGACAUGUGACAGACUCGGCGAAAGAUCGAGCCGAAAACUGCUCACCUCUUAGUUACUAUUAAUAUUUAUUGUUGUUAAAAUAUAUAAUAAUGUUAAAA